AUGACUCCGGUCCUCUUGCCUCUGGAGCCUUCCAAAGCUCUGGACCUGGCCAUCCACGGCCAUUCGAAGUCGUUGAAGGAUUCAAUGGAGUUGGGCUCUGCUCUCUUGCCCAACAUCUGCAUUGGGCACAAAACUCUUGCCAGAAGCAGCGGAGAGGAGAGCAGCGAUGACGACGAUGAUGAACACAAAGAUCUUCAUGAUUCUGAUAGUAAAUAUGAUGUGGAUCUCAAAUUCGUUCAGGUCCUUUUACCUCGAGCGGUGGGAUCGAAAUGUGACUUAUCGCAAAUUUCUUCAGAUUUUAUACUAAGAUUGUUGGAAGCAUUGAGGUUUCUUUGUCCAAAUAACGAAGAGAAGAGAUCCAGAUGGGAUAAUCUCUUGAACAAUUCAGGCCUUGGCGGUACUGAAUUUCAGAAUGUGGAGCCACAUGAUAAAUGGGAGUGGCCCUGGCUGGUUCCAAGGGUUCAAGCUUUGAUGGACUAUAGAGGCAAAAGAGGAGUUAUCGACGAAUGCUGCUACAAGUCCUGUUCUCGUGAAGAACUCCUCACCUAUUGCCCCAAAAACUGA